AUGAUGACAAAUCAAGAGCAGACUCUUAUGGAAAAUCUCUCCAUAUCUGGCACAUAUCCAUUACCCGGUACACCAACAGGCGAUCAACUUGGACUACUACUCGAACAGGCGUACUCAUGCGCCAACGACUAUCCAAUGGACGAUCGUGAAGCAGGUGUAGUAUUCGUCUUCACCAACAUUCCUUGUGAGGAACUCUGUCAAAGCGAACAACUUCAAACCGACGCUCAACCGCUCACACAGAUUUUUACCUCCAACCUCCGUUACGUCGUCAAAUACAUGUUUCUUAGCGAUGACAUUUCACAAAAAGGUAAAAGCUAUGUUAUGAACGUGAAGUGA